AUGUCAUUUACUUAUGAAUUCCAAGUGCGUCCGCAAUUUGCCGUUGUGCUGUUCAUAUUCGUUUCCAUGGCGUCCUCUGUGAUUAUGACAAUUGCAUCAGAGCUCCCAAGCAACACAUCCUCUCCAGCGGAUGAAGACACGGAGCUGAGGUCGAAAAGGUACCAUCUGGAUGAGGUUAUAAGUAAGCUCACAUCCGACCGGCUCGAAUUCGUUCAAAUACCCGCUACCUACUUGAAAUUCGUCCGAGACAAAACGAAAGCCCUCGAAGAAUAUUACGACUUUCUCAAAUUGGAUGCCAGCACUGAAGA